AUGCCCCUCGUAAAGCUUUCAAACGGCCAGUCGGAUUACUACGAGGUUGACGAUUACACGGACCCAUGGAACCGCGAUGAGAGCGAUAUUGUCAUCUUCCAGCCAGGGAUACUGAGGCAUACAGACUUCACAUUUCAUCUUGUUCCUUUAAUGUGCCGACAUGUGCGAUUCAUACGUCGAGACCUCCGGGGACAUGGACGGAGUUGGACGUCCGAUGUCCCUGGCUACCAUUACACCCUUGACACAUUGGUGGACGAAAUGGCAGAAUUCAUCGACAAGGUGGCGGGCCGUCCAGUGCAUUGGAUUGGAGAAAGCACGGCUGGGAUGGUGAGCAUUGCCUUGGCGGCCAAAUAUCCCAGCAAGUUGAAGUCUCUCAUCGUCAUGUCAUCGCCGCUCGUGUUAAACGAUGCGUUCAAGACGAUGGUAUCCCGGCCGUAUUCGAGUCAAGCCGAAGCAAUGCGCAAAAUGGGUCUUGUUGAAUGGCAGAGGUCGCGACCUGUGUCCAAAUUGAGCGCCGAUCCAAACGCAAGAAGCACCAACGAGAUGGGUACAUUUUCCGGCCCUGGUUAUCUGAAAUGGUACGAUGAGAUGUUGGCCAAGCACAACCUCGAGGGAGUGGCUUCGUACUGCCACUUUAUUGCGAACGUGGAUGUCACCAGCCAUGUGGAGAACAUCAUUGUUCCGACUUUGAUAUUGGCCCCGCGGAAUAGCAUGGCCAGUCCCAUAAGCGUGAAUCAGGAGAUGGCUGCAAAGAUAAAGGGAUCAUGUCUGGUUAUCAUUGAUAGCGUUGGACACAUGUUGUAUAUAGAUGAGCCCGAGAAGACGUGCGAUGCGAUUCUCAAGUGGGUCAGAGACUUACGAAAGUAA